AUGGCUGCGGGAAUUGUGCCAUUCUCAUCUGCCAAUGUCAAGGCACAGGCAGCAAAGGCGUGGGCGGAAGCGAAGCCCGUGGCUGAAUCGCUUCCAAAGCCUAGGGACCAUUCAGUUGCAAGGUUCUUCACUACUGAUGAGUGCAACGUCCUGAUCAAGGAGGUCCUGAACGAGGCGAGGCAAGAGAUAUCGACGGUGGAAUCCAUACCACUCAGACAACCAUUAAGGAUGAAGACUGGAGGACACGUCGUCUUCCCCGGGAGAACUACCACAGGACAAACCUUCACAAUGCUGAUACCCCUACAAGUUAUUGGCGAUGUCAAACUUGGCGAGAUGUUCGUGGAUACGGAUCACUGCUAUAAGAUCUUGACUGAGUGUGUGGUAGAGGUCUCGAGAGGAGGGAAACUGGUUGCAUUAAUUGUGUCCGACAUAGGAUGA